AUGUCACGUGCCGGGGGACCGGGCGGGCGCCGCGCGCAAGACACAAAGGCGCCGCAUGAAGCGCGCGGCGUGUUCCCGUGGCGGCGCGCGACGGCGGGCGGCGCCAGCCCUUGCUCCAGCCCCAGCCAGAGCCGCGCGCACAGCCCCGCGCCGCCGCCGUCGCCCUCGCCCGCCCACGCCGCCCCCGCCGCCGCCUCCGCGCUGCGGCCCGCCACGCCGGACGCCGCCAGGACCGCCCCGGCCACCCCGAUAAAGGAAGCGAACAAUUCAACUGAAGGGCAGUAUAGGCGUUCUCCAGGACUCUCCAAAUCUGUUCGGCACACGAAGAACGGCACCAUUGGACACGUUGAUGAACCACCAACAAGCAGAUCCGACUGGGAUAUCCACAGGACAUGGCCUGAAGCUGAAGCUGAUAAGGAAGCUACAAGUGGUUCAUCAAAUUAUCUUUCAACCCAGACUUCAACCAAUCGACUGACUGACAACAAGGAGCUGUCACAGUCUCAACGCAGCAUAUCAAGCAGUACAUCAGAGAGUGUUCUACAGAAAUUUCGCAAAAGCUUUGCCUUUAAAUUUCACAAGAAGAGUGGCAGUAAAGAUGGCCUUGAGCUUGGCUCUAGUAAAGAUGGUGAAGGUGACGUUGAAGAGGAGAAUUGUGCUGAUGAUGAAUUAGCUACAUCACAGUCACACGAACAACUACCACAAGAACCCACAAAGGAGGAAGCAGGAUCAGAUCCUAAGUUCAAGUUUGGCCCUCUGGUAUGGAGAUCGAGCAAAGAACGCAAGAAAGGAAAAAAGGCAGCCAGAAAUGCAAAGUGCAACAGUGGCGACAGCGGCAUACAAAUUGAGAUGCUGCCUGGCUCGGCUCAUGUUACUGGAGGUGACAGCUCUGAAUCACACGAUACUGAUCACCUUGUUGAUGAUGAGCCCCUAGAUGAAAUGGAUAGCCCGCCAGCUGUAAGAAGAAGAGUAACAAGUAGUGAAAAGUCAUCUCGACCACAGUCAGAAGUUAUUCAGCAACUCCUCAUAGAUAAGUUUAAGGCAGAUCUACAGACACGUGCAGCACAGCAGGGACGGCACCAACACGUCAGACGGGCGCACUCCGAUCUUGGUGGUCAGCGCCUCUUUCAGUGGGACGUGCGCUCUAGCUAUCGACGUAUGUUUUCCACACCUUCACCCAUCAAGAUGAGGCCCCCACGAGCUAGUCCACCUCAUCCUCGUCCGGCAAAUCUAGAGCAGCCAGUACAAUUACGGAACUCAAAACGGCGUUCUGCGAGGCCACAACUCAGGCGAUCUCUGAGCCAGCCCCUAGGUUUGAAUGAAUUAUCUCCACUCCUGCGGAGAAAACCUCGUACAUCCACCAGUAAUGUGUUAAGCGAAGAUGAACAUGAUGCCCGCGCUGGAACUUCUGAUGACGAGAUGAUGUCUGAUUCUGAGUCAUCUGUUGCAUCUCUUUCAGAUAGGAAGAAAUCAUUUGAACAGGCCAUGGAUGAAGAUCUGGUAAUCUUGGCAGAAGCAGUGUGGGAUCAUGUAACAAUGGAACCUGAAGAGCUGGCUUUCCGAGCAGGAGAUGUCAUAGAAGUUCUUGACUCAGUCAACAGGGACUGGUGGUGGGGGACGAGAGGAGAAGACAGUGGGUGGUUUCCAGCUGCCUUUGUCAGGUUACGUGUGAGUCAAGAGGAUACAGUGGAAGACUGUCUUGCUGCCAUGGCUGCAGGUUCAGCUGCUACAUCUCAACUUCGGCGUCGCACAAGUGUCUCCCUCUUAUCUAAUGACCAGGUCAGGUCUAGUGUCGUCCGUGAGUUAAUAAACACUGAACGGGAUUUUGUGAAGAUUCUGACAGAUGUGGCAGAGGGUUAUCUGGCAGAAUGUAAGAGAAGAACAGAUAUGUUUUCCCCAGAGCAGAUUAACACCAUCUUUGGGAAUUUGGAAGAGUUGCUACAAUUCCAGUCAAACUUUCUGGAAGACCUUGAGCAAUGUGUGGACUGGGAUGCUCCACAUCGAUCUUGCAUUGGUGAAUGUUUUUUGACACAUAGGUCUGGAUUUCGAAUAUACUCUGAGUAUUGCAACAGUCAACCAAUGGCUACUGCAACACUUCAAGAGCUGUAUCAGCACAACAGCUACAGCAAGUUCUUUGAAGCUUGUAGGCUCAUGCGUGGUCUUAUAGAAAUUCCACUGGAUGGCUACCUUCUCACUCCAGUGCAAAGGAUAUGCAAAUACCCUCUUCAGCUUGCAGAGCUUCUGAAGUAUACCAAGGUUGAUCAUCCUGAUUAUGAAAAAAUUAAAGAAGCUCUUGAAGCAAUGAGGAAUGUGGCUGUCCUUAUAAAUGAGCGGAAACGUCGAAUGGAGAGCCUGGAGAAGCUUGCUGCUUGGCAACAGAGAGUGGAAGGCUGGGAAGGAGAAGAUCUGAUAGAAGUCAGUUCUCAAUUAAUUCACCAUGGUGAAGUAAUACGUGUGACAACUGGAAUGUGGACCAAUAACAUAACUUUGUUUUUGUUUGAUCAUCAACUUGUCUACUGCAAGAAGGACAUCUUGAAAAGAAACGUUUUUGUCUAUAAGGGUAGAAUACUUCUGGAUGCAAGUGAGGUUAUUGAUGUGCCUGAUGGAAAAGAUCCUCAGCUGGGAAUAGCAGUGAGGCACUGUGUACGAAUAGUCUGCUCGGGUCGGGAGAGAGGGCUUGUUUUCGCAUGCCGUUCGGCAGCUGAGAAGACACGCUGGCUGCAGGCUCUUGCAGAAGAACGUCGCCUUGUAGAUAAGGAUGCUCGUGAAGGGCUGGAGUUCGCACCAGCUGCCCGACAACUUGCCAGGAUGGCUGCUCGCUGCCAACGACGUCGUCCACCGAGCAAACCACGAGGGAAGAGUUACAAGCGUGAUUCUUCACACCCUGUGAAUAACCUUGAUGCAAGUCAUCACAACCUAUCCUCAUCAACAAGUCACAGUUCAAGUAAUUCGCUGGGCCGAAAAAUGGGCACCUGGUUUACCUUUGGUAGCAGCAAGAAAGGUCGUGCUACACACCACCCAUCAUGAAAAAUAACUCAAAUGGUGCUGUAAUAUAGUGAAUUUGUGUAUGAAAAGGAGUUUCAUGUGGAGGUGGACAUACAUGAUGUCUGUAUUUA